AUGCGCAUCCUCGCCCCCUCCCGCCACCGUCUCCCUCGCCACAUCCUACCGGCUUCCCGUGCACUCAGCUACACCCCCGCAGCGCGUACCCAGGCCACCACAGACAAGAACGAUUGGCUCGAUUUCCUCAAGACCGAAACACCCCAUACCCCAGAAUCAUCCGGCAAAGCCCUCCUGUUUGCUGGUCUCGGGUCAUACCCCCAUACUCCUCACGCGCCGACGCCGUCGUCAUUGCACCUCUGGGAAGAAGCAUCCGAGGCCUUAUCGAGCCCGGAUGCUACUAUCGGCUACCAGCCUCUACGGUCUGCCGACCAGGUCAAGGGGGGCCUGCGUAGCUGGGUCGAAGGGAGAAGCCUCGUACGACUCUCUCCCCGCCUCCCAUUUGUCGAGCUGACCGGUGCGCAGGACGACUUGAUGAAACGACCAGAUAUCACCACUUCCUUCAUCCUCGCGUCGUCCCUUGCCAUCCUCAAAAGUGAACAGGAGAGGAAUGGGUACGAUACGCUCCUGCCGCCCGAGAUCACGCACCUGGCCGGGCAUGGGUUUAUAGGAACGUUGACGGCGCUGGUGGCUGCUGGCAAGCUCGACCUCGCUACCGGCGUCCGACUCGCUCGGAUCUACGCGACCCUCCCUCCUUCGCCUCCAGGCCGCAACAGACCCCACCUCACCACCGUCCUCUCUGCCCGACACUUCCACUCCCUCUCCUCGCCCUCCUUUUCCGUCCCUCCCCCGACGCACUAUGCCACCUCGGACGACGACCCGCUCCCGCCCCUAGAUGCUGACGAUCCUGCUUCCGAGGAAGUCAAAGUCGGCGAGAGACAGGGCAGACGGCGGGCGAUGCAGUUGAUUUUGGACGAGAUUCAUGGGCUGGAACCCCAGUGGGCAGAGCAUUCACAGGAAGGGCAUGAAGAGUGGGCCGAAGCUGGUAUUAUCAACAGCAGCAAAGUGGUCGUCGUAUCUGGCACGCACGAUGCGGUACUGCAAGUGAUUGAAAGACUGCAGCAACUCAACCUCGCCAACCCCGUGAUGGAUAUCCACAUGCCAUGCCCGUACCACACCAAACUCAUGUCGCACGCCGUGCCCAACUUUAGAGACGUGCUCGACCGGUGCUACUUUACCAAAAAGCCAGACGGGCCUGUCAUCCUGGAUACCGUCACUACCAAACCUAUUGGCAAUUCUGCCUCUGCACUCUUGCCGCACCUGACUGAUCAGCUGCGCUGGCACAAGACGCUCGUUCGGCUUUACUCGUCCCCCACGCCCGAGGUAGGCACAUUCUACACGGUCGGCCGGGGCGCCAAAGGUCUCGGCAUCAUGCUCCGGGGAGAGCUCAAGAGGCGGUUGAACGGCAGUGCGCCGAUCCAUAUCGAAGAGAUGGGCGUGGGACCGAGGGAUGAGAGAUUGGCGCGGGCUUUGAGGGGCUGA